UCGUCCCUGCUCGAGGGUGUAACAGCUCCAAGCGAUGGCUCAGAGCCCACACCUCAGUGUGUGGCUGGUGAUUCUUCUCAGAAGUCACGGAAGAAGAAAAGGAAGAAGAAGAAGAAGAAAGCAAAGAAGGGUUCUUCCAGCUCCCAGGAGCCAGACUCUCUGCCUCCUCUAAGCACAGCACCAGCUCAAACCACAGAAUUGCCUGAUAUGAGCGUUACUGCACAAGAAAUCCAAACCCCAGGUAGUGAAGCAGCCAAAGUGGGAGCUGAGGUACUUGCUGGUGAGAGUGGAGGAGCACGUGAAAGCAAGAAAGCAUUGGAUGACUUGGGAAAGGAAGAAGCUGGAAGCCUGGAAGCAGUUCCAGAAGGCAGUGAGAGCAGCGUAGAGGUGAUGACCCCCCCAAAGCAGAGCAGCACAGGUAACGUGGCUGCCCCAUCUCUAAGCUCUGCAGCCCCGAAGGAGGAGGUGACCAGUGAAAGUACCAGGAGUGAGGUGGAAGGGGGCAGUUGUGCCCCUGAUGCCGGCCAGUUUCCAGGAACCAGGAUGGAUUCCUGGUCCUCGGGCAGCAGUCAGAAGCUGCCCUCAACGGAGCAGAGAGCGGGUCUUCCCUCCACGUUGUCUCCUGAUAGGGGAGAGCCUAAAAGUAUGGCUGUGAUUCCUGGGGCUGGACAUCCCAGGCAAGAUGUAAAGGCUCCACCGGUGGACAGCAGCUCUCCAGCUGGGAAGGAGAAACAGGAGAGCAGGCAGAAAGCGAGCUGUUCGACGGCCAAGAGUGAAAGCACAAAGGAGGCAAAGACCUCGAGUGAGAAAGUGCAUGAAGUAACUGAGAAGACAAGUCAGACCAAAGGACCCGAGAUUUCUAGAAAUGGUGAUGCUUCAGCUGUAACAGAAAGUUACAAGGACAAAAAGCAACAAGGGACGCAGAAGCCUGCAGAGAAGAUUAAAGGAAGUUCUGUGAGCCCAAGUGAUGUUGUUACGGUAUAUUUCCAUGCAAUAUUGUCCAAAGACUUCAAGCUAAACCCUGAGGUCCAUAAAGUGUUCAUCAGGGGGCAAGGUGUUACUCCCUACGCAGACUGGAAGGACAACAUCUGCGAGCUGAGCUGCACCAAGCAUCUAGGAGAACACGGAUACCUCAUUGAAGGCACUGUAGCUCUCGCGAAAGAAAACAUGAAUAAAUGCAUUCCUUACAAAUAUUGGAUUUCCGGUGGUGAAAAGGAAUAUGAAUUUAUUUACAAGACUUCAGUAUCAAAUACUUAUGUGAAUCGCUGCUUAUUCAUAAAAAGCAGCUUGCUCAGCAAUGGAGAAUGGCAUCAGUACGAUGAUAUUGUGUGUAAGUCGUCCUUUGCGAAAAACUUGCGGAAGUAUAUUCCGUUUGGUAAGAACAAAGACGUGGUGAAAGGGAAGACAAUAGCUGCGAAUAUCAUGUUAGAAAAUAUCUUCAGCAUUCUUGGAACCUGGAGCCUCAACAAUUUGAGAAGCUUCCUCUGCCAGCUGAAACAGUUUUAUGUGGUUACCAAAGACCCCAAGGUGUAUGACGGCAGGGAGAUGCAAUGGACAGAGUUAGACUUUGGCACGCAGCAGGUGAAUGAUUUGCUGCGGGAUUACAUGACGAAAAUAGCUCUUCCUUUCCUUGCCCCAGAAGAUGCAAAAGCAUCGCAGGAGGACACAGUAAUUAAAAGUAAACUAGCUCUGGGGCUCACCAUUCUCACAGUACUGGAACAGUUUCAGCUGAUAGUCCCUGGAAAAGCCCUAGCUGGGCUGUGCAGCCUCUUGUGCUUGGAUAAGGAGUCACAACAGACCAUACAGGAUGAGCAUCAUCGAAUCACAAAGGUUUUUGAAGCAGCUACUAGUUUGAAGGCUCACCUGACAAACUUGUGCCAGAGAUGCAUUGAUUGCCAAGUAGACCAGUGGGUGUGGGUUCUCCCUCUUCUGCAUUUCCUUGAUGCUCCCUUUCGGCGUGAGCACUUGCCAAUGGAGGAAGAUACCUGGGCAGGGCUGGAAGGGCUUCCCUUUGCUGAAAGAAGGACGAAGCAGGGGGAGACCCUACUGCAACUAAUGAAAGACAAGAAAUACUUGAUGGAAUUUGAUAAGACUCUGGUCAAGUCCUGGAUGUGUGUGCUGCCCCUGGAGAGCCUAGUUGAAUUUAUCCGAUGCUUCUCCAGUGAUUUGUUAGUCACUCUUCAAGGAGUUUCUUACAGAUUAGAGAACAUUGACCUUCCAUGGCGAACUUAUGAGUAUGUAGAUCGUCUUCUAAAGGCACUGCUGUGUACCCUGGAUGAGAAACAGGCCAGAGCUCUGGAAGCUGGCUUUUGGCAAUCCUGCUUGACCUGUUGCCUCAAGAUACACAAGAGGGUCUGCAAGUGCCUGAAGCUGGGGAUGUGGUACACAAUUCCUGCCACUUCUGCCACGAUGGUUUCAAAGGUGGCCAAACUUCAGUCCCAAGCACAGCCUCCACGAGACACUGUGCAGGAGGCUCCAGUGGUAGAAGUAUUCAAGGAAGCUCUGAGAGAAACUCGAACCUGGUUCAGAUGUGCUUUAAGCAAAAAUUUAUUGAAAGAACACCUGCAGACUGUGACGUUCACUUUUUACUGGGAACUUCGGGCCUGGAAUGAGUUUUUGAAGAUUAGCUUUCCAGACGAGCAGUUCACCGAGACGUGGAAGGAGACUUUGCUUGUGGAUUUGGAGAGGAGGAUUCAGGAGGAGCCUCCAGUCAACCAAGUCUUAGUCUACUGCUGUCAGCACUUGGAAUUUGAACAAGUUGACUCUUCCAUUGGCUGGUGUUUCUGUAACUGUGCCACACAGGCUGUAGCCGUGGCUUGCCAGACGCAGAGCAAUCUCCUCGAGAAGAUACCGUCCUACAACAUGAGCCAGUUAAGCCAGCUUGUGUCAAUGAUCAUUGUGAAGUCCUGGCCGAUGAGGAACGGGCAGCCUGAGGAUGACUUUGAUACGAUUUUGCACCAUGUGCUUACGUGGCCUGACAUCAAACGUAUCUUCAGCUUUCAUGGAACAAACAGAGAGCUCCUAGAAAAACUUACAGAUGAAGCCAAGAACGUAAUGGCCACAGCAGACUCUGUGCUUACGAGUGUCACCAGUGACAUCCAGAAAGGGUGCAUCCUUGUGAAACAUCUGGAGGAGAUUUUCCAGCACAAGACACAGUUCCUCUGCAUCUGGGAGAUAAAGCACCAGCUCAGCAGCGACAAAGAACAGCUCCAACAACUGAAGGACUUGGUGCAGAGGAGGCAAGAAGAAGUAACGUUUCUCAGAAAUGAGAAAAAAGCCAUAGGAACCUUUCUGAACAUGUGCAGGAAGGCGCAGGCGUAUGUGAAAGUGGAUGUAGGUGAAGUGGAAUUUCAACACUUGGAAGAUCUUGGCUUAAAAAGACUAAAUACAGUUGUGAAUGUGGAUGAGAGACCCCAACAGACCUACUACAGUUUGAGCCCAGAGCUGAAAGAAUUUGCCCAGAAAAUGCACUCUUUUAAGGAUAGCCUGAUCUUCCAGCAGUUCUGGGAGGAAGCAGCACAGAAGGCAGGAGGGGCGUAUGAAAGCUCAGAAGAGGAGGAGGAGGAGGAGAAGGAGGAGGCCAACACUGCUGCUGUAUUGCACCUUAAUGAUGUUUUCAGGGGUCUAAUCUCCCCUUGUUUUAAGAGCUAUGAAAGGUUGUAUGGUGAUCUCAGAUCUGGAAAUCUCACACUUGCUGCAGUUGAUACAAUUUUCCGGGAAUUCAUAGUUCAUCCUGAAGAUAUCAAAACUGAACUAGAUACUGUAUGUGGGCUUGCACCUGAAGAAGGCAGAGACUGGGUGGAUCAGCGAUGUCAGCAGAUCCAGCAAUACCACGAAAUGCAUAUAACUUUUGAUGCUGCCAAGAUCAUUGCCAAUGUCAAAGAGAUUUUAAACCUCUCUGGUGACUUUGGUGUCCUGGAGAACUUGUUGGACAUAACAGAAAAGCUUGAAUCAUACAAGUCACAGAAGCUGAACUCCAUCAGCCCCGAGCUUGUGCAUGCCAAGAAACUGCUGCAGGGGAUCACUCCCAGCCGUCGGGAGUGCCUGGGGGAGCUGGCCCAGCAAAAGGAGUUCGUCUGCUGGGUCAGAGAAGCGCUGCAAGAUAUAAAUGAGCUGAAGGUGUUUGUAGACUUGGCCUCCAUCUCUGCUGGGGAGAAUGACAUGGAUGUGGACCGUGUGGCCUGUUUCCAUGAUACUGUGCACGGCUACUCUUCCCUGCUCUAUGAGCUUCGGCAAGACUCGGGGUUUGAGGACUUCAUGCACUGCUUGAUGAAGCUGUGGCGAGCCCUGGACAGCGAUGAGAACCUUCCCAAGAAACUGCGUGAUUCAGCUCAGCACUUGGAGUGGUUGAAAACAGUGAAAGAGAGCCAUGGGUCCGUGGAGCUGUCGUCACUGUCACUGGCAGCUGCCAUCAACAGCAGAGGAAUCUAUGUCCUCAGAGCACCGGCCGAUGGCCAGAAGGUUUCUCUGGACAGUGUCUUACGCUUCAUCCUCCCGGGGAGCUCUGGGGAUAACGAGGCAUCAUGGAAAUACUCUCUGGCAGAGCUCCGUGAGCUGCAGAACAAGCUGAUGCUCAUGUCAGCAAAGGGAGAGCAAGGCUUGGAGGUGGAGAAGUUCUCUGAGAUCUUUUCCAAUGUCCAAAGACUUGCCCAGGCCUUUAUAGAUCUUUAUUUAGCUGGAAACAUGCUUUUCCGCUCCUGGCUUGCCCAGGUGUAUUGUUCACCCAAAACUGACUCGUGUGUUCGUAUAAACUUCUCUUUGGGACUGAUCCCGGAGCUAAAAGGGCAAGGAGACAUGGCAGCUGUGCUCCCAGCCCUCUGCAAGACAAUGGAGAGUUUUCUGGAGAGGUGGAAAAGCUUCAUGUAUGAAAAACGACUCCAGCAUUUCUACCUGAACUACUACACUGCUGAGCAGCUGGUCUAUUUGUGCACACAACUGGGGCAGAGGACACCCAGCCAGGAGGCCCUGAUGAUGCUUUCAUUCCUGAAACACAACUGCACCAAGGAGGAUGUCCUUAGAGCCUCCAGCAACAAGGUGCCUCCCAGCUCAAGGAAGGCUAUUUCUGACUUCCAAGUGAUGCUGGAUGGGGAGAAGGAUCUGACCACCCAGCUCAAGUGCAUCUGGGAGUGCUACAUGAACAACAUGGGCUCCUUCCUUCCCAGCUGCCUGGACAUCGAUACGCUUGGUGAGUGGCUGAAGAAUCUGGCCAGCAGGGAGAGAGAUCGUGUCAUGCGGGACUUCCCCCAGGAUCUUCUGUUUGUUGAUCGGCCCAACCUCAUCACCUGCCCUCGCUCCGAGGUGCUCACCUCUGCUCUGGCUAUUUACAUGAACAGCCCCGACCAGCCCCUUCCCACUUUUGACGAGGUUCUCCUGUGCACUCCUCAGACCACUGCCGAGCAAGUGGGGCUCUUCCUCAGGAGGUGCCUCAUUCCUGGCUGUGCAGGAGGGAGGAUCUACACCAUGCUCUUCGCAGACGAGCUGAGCUACGACGUCAGCCGCAGAGCCGAGGAGCUCUUCCAGCGCCUGCAGCGCUACAACAACUGCAGCACCUAUCGCCUCAUCAUCCUCUGCAACUGCGAGAGGGAGCACAGCUACAUCCCCUCUGUCUUCAGCCAGUACAAGGUGCACAUGAUCCCCCAGAGGCCGUUAGCCGAGAUCCAGCGAUACCUUCAGCACCACUACAGGGUGGCUGCGCCUUCAGCCUCGGCUGCUUCUGUGUUCAAGGACAACAUGUGUGUUGGGAUCGUGGCCUCCAAAAGAGCUGGCGUGGGGAAAUCUCUAUAUGUGAAGAGGCUCCAUGAGAGACUGCAAGAAGAGCAGCCUGACUAUACAAAACUUCUGAAAACCAUCAGACUAAUUGAACCAGAAGUGGAUGAAGAUAAAGUAUUAAAAUCUCUGCUGCCUUUUCUGAAGAGAAAACACCAAACAAAGCCCAUGAUAUUCCAUUUUGAUAUCACCUCUUCAGUACAAAGUGGAAUUCCAGAGUUUCUGUUCAAGCUGUUGGUUUUGCAGUAUCUGACAGAUAAUAAUGGAAAUAUUUGGCUACGACAGAAGUGCCAUUUGUAUAUCAUCGAAAUCCUCGAGGUAUCACUGGUGCCAAACAAAGCAGCACGACACAAGUCGGUGAGCCAGAAGUAUAAUUUCCUUGAUGUUUUCCCUAAAGUAACGUGCAAAUCUCCCAAGGAAGUACUAGAAAUGGAGACACUUGGGAACCAGUCUGGGGACAUUUCAGAUCCAGGAAUGGACAAGGAGGAAUUUCACAGUGAGACUUUCCAGAGACCUUUCCAGUACCUGAAAAGAUAUGACCAGGGGCACAAUCUGGACACGUUCUAUUACAAAGAGGGCUCUGUGGAAGGGAGCCCAGCAGAAUGCCUGCAGCAGUUCCUCCUGCACUGCGGGGUCACAGACCCCUCCUGGUUAGAGCUCCGAAACUUCACAUGGUUUCUCAACGUUCAGUUGAAAGACUGUGAAGAUUCUGACUUUUGCAACCCUGACUUUAUCCAGGACACUUUGCUAGGAUUCAAAAACUUUGUUGUUGGCUUCAUGAUUUUAAUGGCAAGGGAUUUUGCAACACCUUCCCUAAACAUUUCUGAUCAGAGUUCAGGAAGGCAGUCCUCCAAUCUGGAGAAUGUUGCUGAAGAAGAUCUUCUUCCUUUCCGCAUUCGGAAAAAGUGGGAGUCUGAGCCUCAUCCAUAUUUGUUUUUCAAUGGAGAUCGUGUGUCCAUGACAUUCAUUGGGUUCCACUUUCAGCCUAAUAACAGGGGCGGUGUUGAUGCCAUUAAUCCUUUGAAUGACAACAUUAUCAAGAGAAACGUCAUGACUUCACAGCUGUACCAGGGCUUGUUAAACCAAAGAGUUCCCUUCAAUGUUCCAUUUGAUCAGUUGCCUCGUUACGAGAAGCUGGAGAGGCUUUGCAUGGUUUUGGGAAUCCCUUGGGUAACGGACCCUGAUGAGACAUACGAGCUCACAACAGACAACAUGCUGAAAAUCUUGGCUAUCGAGAUGCGGUUCAGGUGCAACAUCCCAGUGGUCAUCAUGGGAGAAACAGGCUGUGGGAAAACAAGACUCAUCAAUUUCCUGUGCAAGUUACGCAGAGGCUAUGCAGAGACAGAGAACAUGAAGCUUGUAAAAGUUCAUGGAGGUACAACUGCAGAGAUGAUUUAUGCCAGGAUCAAAGAAGCAGAAGCCCUUGCUAAAACCAAUAAGGAGCAGCACGGGUUGGACACAGUCCUCUUUUUCGACGAAGCCAACACCACAGAUGCCAUAAGCAGCAUCAAGGAAGUUCUGUGUGACCGCACGGUGCAGGGGAAGCCUUUGGUCUCCUGCUCUGGCCUGAGGAUCAUAGCAGCCUGCAACCCUUACCGAAAGCACACACCAAAGAUGAUUCAGCGCCUGGAACUGGCUGGACUGGGCUACCGUGUCAAAGCAGAUGAGACAAAGGAGAAGCUUGGAUCCAUUCCGCUGAGACAGCUUGUGUAUCGGGUCCACGCGCUUCCACCCAGCAUGAUCCCCUUAGUGUGGGACUUUGGGCAGCUGAACAACUUCACCGAAAAAAUAUACAUACAGCAGAUCGUACAAAGAGUUAAGGAGCACGUCCCGAUGACGCAGGCGGAGGCAGAGAUGAUCACAGAAGUGCUUUUUGCUUCCCAGCAAUACAUGAGGCGGAGGGACGAUGAGUGCAGCUUCGUCAGCCUGCGGGACGUGGAACGCUGCAUGGAAGUGUUCAAGUGGUUCCACAAACGCAGCAAACUCCUGCUGAGAGAACUGGAGAAGUACCUUGCUGAGAAGAAAGAUCCAAAGAGCACUGUUGAGAGAAACACCGUUAUCUGGUCCUUGGUGCUGGCAGUCGGGGUCUGCUAUCACGCGUCCUUAGAAAAGAAGGAGCCAUAUAGGAGUGCUAUCAGCCGGGUCCUUCCAAAACCUUAUGAUACCCAAAAAAAGAUUUUGGAAGAAAUCUCCCUGAUGCAGGACUUAUUUCUGAAUGGUGUGCGCCUCCGAGACACCAUAGCAAGAAAUUUGGCCUUGAAGGAAAAUGUCUUUAUGAUGGUUAUCUGCAUUGAGUUGAAAAUCCCUCUUUUUCUUGUCGGGAAGCCUGGGAGCUCCAAAUCCCUUGCGAAAACCAUUGUGGCCGAUGCUAUGCAGGGCCAAGCAGCUCAUUCAGAUUUGUUCAAGGACCUGAAGCAAAUCCAUCUCGUGUCUUUUCAGUGCAGCCCCCUCUCCACUCCGGAAGGAAUCAUAGGCACCUUCAAGCACUGUGCUCGGUUCCAGGAAGGGAAGAACUUAGAGGAGUAUGUCUCGGUGGUGGUUUUGGAUGAGAUUGGGCUGGCAGAAGACUCUCCCAAAAUGCCUUUGAAGACUCUGCAUCCCCUUUUGGAAGACGGCUGCAUAGAUGAUGUCCCUCUUCCUCACAAAAAAGUUGGCUUCAUUGGCAUUUCCAACUGGGCUUUGGACCCUGCUAAAAUGAAUCGAGGCAUCUUUGUCUCACGGGGUGACCCCAGCAAAGAAGAGCUCAUAAAAAGCGCCGAGGGGAUUUGUUCCUCGGCCCGAGGGGCUUUGCAGAAGGUUGAACCGUAUUUUCGUCACUUUGCAAAUGCAUAUGAAAAUAUUUGCAAGGCCCAAGAUAGGGAGUUCUUUGGUCUACGUGACUACUACAGCCUCAUAAAGAUGUUUUUUGCCUUAGCUAAGAGCUCCAAAAGUGAGCCCACACCUCAAGACGUAGCUACAGUCGUUCUUCGUAACUUUGGCGGCAAAGACAAUGUCAAUGCCUUGGAAAUAUUCACCUCACAGUUACCUGAAAAAGGAGAAGUACAUGCUGGUGAUAUCAGUAGAAUUGAGCUGGUAGGACAGAACAUUUACAGCAGUGGUCAGGACGGUGACUGCAGGUACCUGCUCGUGUUGACUGAGAAUUACGCAGCGCUGCAGAUCCUCCAGCAAGCUUUCUUUACCGCCCGGCAACAGCCAGAAAUUAUCUUUGGCUCCAGUUUCCCUAAGGACCAAGAGUAUACCCAGAUAUGCAGGAACAUCAACCGCGUGAAGGUCUGCAUGGAAACUGGCCAAAUGGUUGUGCUCCUCAACUUGCAAAACCUUUAUGAAAGCCUCUACGAUGCCCUCAAUCAGUACUACGUGUACCUGGCCGGCCAGAAGUAUGUUGAUUUGGGCCUGGGCACCCACCGGGUGAAGUGUCGGGUGCACCCAAAGUUCCGUUUGAUCGUCAUCGAGGAGAAAGAUGUGGUAUAUAAGCACUUUCCCAUCCCGCUAAUCAACCGGCUGGAAAAGCACUACCUGGAUAUCAGCACUGUCCUGGACAAGUGGCAAAGAGAAGCUGUGGAAGAGCUGAAGAAGUGGGUGGAUGAUUUCACUGCAGCCAAUACAGAAGAACUCUUCAUGAGCGAGCAGAAAUACAGCCCUUGUGAUGUGUUUGUGGGCUACCACCCCAACACCUGCGCCUCGGUGGUCCUGCAGACGACGGAAAGGCUGAAACCCGUGUGCCCUCCUGAUGAACUCCUGUCCCGCGUGAAGAAGGAUGCUCAGCUGGCACUGCUCAACUGUGCCACCCCAGACUCCGUCAUCCGCCUCUGCCACCUGGGGAGGCUGUUUAUGACAGAGUCUCUGGCCAAGAUAUACUUCAAGCAGCAGCAGCACAUGUCUUUUGCAGAAUUCCUCCGAGCCCACGUCCGGGCGGGCUCUGGGCGCCAAACGGUCUUCACGGAGGUCACCACCUUCUCGAGGCUUCUCACCAGCGCUGACACGGCUUGUCUGGAGGAAGAGGUACAGGGGAAGGUACAAAGCCUUCAGAUCCUGUUCCUGCAGCAGUUUGACACAGAAUACUCCUUCCUGAAGGGCAUCCGAGAUUUCCUUGAUGCCACAUCAGGGAAUAAAGUCCUCAUCAUUCAGACAGACUUUGAAGAUGGCUCUCAAAAUGCCCAGCUCGUUGCCUCAGCCAAAUACACCGUUGUUAAUGAAAUCAACAAGGUGGACCUGGGAGAAGUCUCUGUCUUUGUCUACUUCAUUAUGAAGCUUUCCCGGGUGCAAGGAGGAACAUCCUACGUGGGGUUCCAUGGAGGACUGUGGCAGUCGGUGCACAUCGAUGACCUCCGCACGUCCAAGGACAUGAUCUCUGAUAUGACAGCGCUGCAGAACCUCACCAUCAGCCAGAUGUUCUGUGAGGAUUCGGGUAAAACCAGAGCUCUGCCUGUGAAUGGAGAGGAAGAGGAGGAAAACGAGGUGGACGUUGAAACACCAGUGCCAGAAGCAGAGCACUAUGAGGGUGAAAUGCUGGACACCACUGUGCUCCUCAGGACCUGUGUACAAAGUGCUGUGGGGAUGCUACAGGACCAAAACGAAGAUCUGAAACGAAGCACAAGGCGAAUUAACAUUCUCCUUAGCCUUCUGUCCAAAGAGGAUGACUUGAAAGCCUCUUUCCUGAAGAUAACAAAGGCUCGUCUCUCCAACCUUUUGAAGAAACAAGAAGAAAAUUCCCUUCACCCAAAAAACUGGGUGCUUCGGGAGGCUUCCAACCUCAGUGCUCUCCAGGAGGCUGGCACCUUCAGGCACACCCUGUGGAAGCGAGUCCAGAACGUGAUCACUCCAUUCCUGGCUCUCCUGAUUGCUCUCGUAGACAGAAAUGGCAAUCUGGAGCUGCUGGCCAAGCCGGCAGCUGAGUGGGUGACAAAGCUGUGGAUGUUCAUCUUCAGUGACACAAAACUCCUGAGUGUCCCUUUCGGUGUGGGUAAGAGCAGCUCUCAGCCUGAGGUGAUUCUGGUGCAGAACAAUGUGACGAUGUCUGCUGGCAGCGAGAUGCCCUUCAGCUGGAGGAUAAAGGAAUACUUGGAUGACAUGUGGUUGACAGCUCAGUACAUCCAAACCACUGGAGACCAAGCUGAGAAGUUUGUGGAUAUCUUCCAGGAAACUGCACUAGGAAAAUUUAUCUCCGCUCUGAGCGAGGAAGACAGGCAGAUGCUCUUCCAUUGCUAUAUCAAAGACUUUAUUGUCUUGACUGUCGGUGUGUCCUCCCCCGAGGAGCUGAAGUGUCUGCAAAUUGCGUUCUCAUCCUGCGUAGAGGAAUUGAAGGCAACAUCUCCCAGAAGAGAGGAGACAGGGCCAUCCUUGCCUUGGGUCCACCUUGGAUACAAUCAGUUCAAGAGCCGCCUGCAGAACUUUUCCAGGAUCCUGGCUGUCCACCCCCAUGUAGCUCACUGCCUUCUUCAGCAGGAAGGACAUGAAAUACCACGUUCGGAGAUGGUUUUGGAUGUGUUGGCUGCAAUUGGAUGUGUUGAAGAGCUGCAGAAUCAAGUGGAGACAGCACGUCCAGAGACCUGGCUGCGGAAAGUGAAGAAUCUUCAAAUGCCUGUUGAAUUCCUUUGUAAAGAGAAGGAUUUGCAGAGGAGUGGGAGUUUGUGCCAUCGGCUGCUAAAAGAGCUCAAGGUCUGCUGGAACCGGGUUUUCUCCAUGGCUCUGUUUGUAGAACACGUGCUGGUUGGCAUCGACACUCUGAUGCCAGAAUUUGAGAACUUAGUGAAAAAAUACACUUUGCUUCUUGCCAAGUGUUUUCAGCACGAUUCAGACAUGAAGACUCAUCCAACUUUCGUUGCAGUGAUGAAAGUGCUGUGCCAAUGCAAAGAUGAAGUCAGCAACAGGCUCUACAGAUGUGAUCUGAAGGAGUGUCCAAUCUGCUUCAGAGAGCCAAAGGACCCGGUCUGCUUGCCGUGUUCCCACGUGGUCUGUCAGAAGUGCAUCAGAACGUGGCUAGUACCAGCACAGAUGCACUGUCCGUACUGCAGAGCUGCUUUGGAGGAUGUUGAUUUAGAUGUCUCCGUGGAGCUCAGAGAUGCCAUUGCAAGAAAUGCCCUGUUCCGGCAGAGGUGCAAUAAUUUCUUCAUAGACAUGGUCACUACCAUGUGCUUCAAGGAUAACGAGCCCCCCAACACAGACGUCAUCCAGGAGCUCCUUAAUCUGCUGUUUGUUCACAGGAGUCUCCAGAAAGGUUCAGAUCUCCCUGCUAUCUACACAAAACUUCUGUCCCCGUUUAACGAUGAAGUGGAUGAAACUCCCAUCAUCCGCUCAGUAAUGCUGAAGCUCCUCUUGAAGUACAGCUUCAAUGAAGUGAAAAACGACGUGCAGGAGUACCUGUCCCAGGUAGAGCACAAAAAGAUCCUAGAGAAAAACGAUAAAAAGGAACUCUACGUGCUUGUUGUCAACUGCUUGGAGGAUUCCAUGUGUGAAAAGUCCGAGGGCAGCCUUGGACAUGAGCAUAUGAACUAUCUGCCCGAAGAGGGAGGCUUUCCAGAGAACUACCUCCCAAAGAACAAUAGAGAAACUCCUCAGGAAUCAUCCGUGGAAUAUCUGCAGGCGGUGGCCAAGGUUCGCUUGUACCUGAGCAGGGCUGCAGAGCUACUCUUUGACUUGCACGAGCCCACAGGACAAGACAAGGUUGAGGAGAAACGGCAUUACCUGGCAAAUGUGAGGACGUUCUGUGGCCUCGCCAAGAACAACUGGCAUCAUGUUUUCCUAGUCCGGAAAAUUGCUAGUCAGUAUGGGAUGGAAUUUGCUCAGAAGCUUGUCACAGAGGCAAAGUUUAACUGGAUAUUCCCAGUGGAAAUUCUUCAGCAGAUGCAGAACAGCCAGUCUAAUCACAUCGAUCGUUACCUGGCCUGCGGUGAGAACUACAGAGUCCUGCGCGACACCGUGGGGAAAGCCAUGAUCGAGUGUAAGACUGAGGAUCUUCUAGAGGCAGAGAAGGCCUCACGCAGCUCCCCGGCGGUACGGUCUGUCCAUCUGCUCCUGGCUCUUUUCAGGGAGGUCACUGCCCUGUACGGAGUUAGUGAUUCAAAUCUUCACCCCAAGGAGCAGCAAAGAGAUGUUAUGACUGAGUUCAUCCAGAACUCCCAAGCCCUGAAUUCUCCAGACCUGCAGCACUUUGCAACUUCUCUGGUGAUGAACUCGCUGCCGUCUCUGACGGUGGGUCCUCAGAGCUCCAGCCACGGGGGAGCACUGGCUGAGAUGGCUGUUCACACUGCGGCCGUCUUGCUGUGUGUCCAGAGCCCUGUCCUGCAGCCCCUCAGGAACCUGGCAUUCCAUCCACAAUCCAUGCAGCACUCUUUUCUGCCUACAAUGCCAGAAGAUUUAAUGGCUCAGGCAAGGACCUGGGAAGGACUGGCCACUCUGCGCUGGUACACGUGUCCAAACGGCCACGUCUGCUUUAUAGGAGAGUGUGGCCGCCCCAUGGAAACGAGCUCCUGCAUCGAGUGUGGUGUCCAAAUUGGAGGGCAAAAUCAUAAAGCAGUGCCUGGCUUCCGAGAAUUCCAGGGUAAUGAAGACAGAACUCAAACUGGACACAUACUUGGAGACGUAAAGCACAGAAAAGCAGCAGGAGUGUGUGAUCGGGACGUGUCCCCCGUUGUCUUCAUGCUGAUGCGCUUGCUCACGCAUUUGGCAAUGCUGCUGGGAGCCACAAAAGACCCUGAGUCACUUCGCAAGAUUAUCAAGCCACUGGUGCCCAACGCGGUGACUUUCCUAGAGCAGCAUAUUCAGCAGGAUUUAGUACAGCUGACAAGAAUUUUGGGCAAGAGCGUGGAUGAGACUGUGAACACCCUUCAUCUCAUUCUCGACAGCCUCCUGAAGGACACCCAUCAGCACCCAGGCCAGUGGCCAGUUCGAUUCAGUGCUGCGCUUUCCACCAAGGAGGAGAGAAACGAAUGGGAAAGAAUUGUUGCAAACACAAUUAUUGCUCCUGAAUUGGAGGAUUUGGAUAAAAAGCUUCUGAAGUUAAAUAGACAAAUACAAGAGGAUGAGAGAAUUUCUUCCAAUCCAAUAGUGAAAAUAGUGUAUGGUGACCCAGCCACUUUCCUGUCCCAGCUGCCAAAGGACAGUCACAUACAUCAUUCCAAGAUGUGGAGCUGCCGAAAGAAGAUCUCGGUGGAGAACCUGGGCCACGUAGUCCAGCAAAAGAAUGCCAAGGACACUGUCCCUCUCCUUUGGAAGUUCCUGCAGAUGGAACCGGAGCUGAGGCUGGUUAAAUUCCUACCAGAGAUUCUGGCCUUGCAGAGAGACUUGGUGAGGCGAUUUCAGAACACCACUGAUGUCAGGCGCUGCUCCAUCAGAGACUUCCUCAAGGAACCCCUCUCAGCAGAGAUUCCAGGAGGAUGUGAUUCCUCAGAUGUGAUGAGGGACCUGUUACAGAGGAGAGUGAACGUGUUCCUGUCUGUUUGGAACAAGCUGAGGAGAUCGCUGGACACCAAUGGGGAAAUAAAACUUCCUGAAGGCUACUGCAAAGCUGACCUGACCCUGGACAGCGAGCUCGAGGUCCUUCUGCCACGUCGUCAGGGACAGGGCCUCUGCUCCACAGCUUUGGCCAGUUACCUCAUUGCUCUGCACAACAACUGUGUCCACUCUGUCAACAAACACAUCAAGGAAGAUGAUGGGUACACGAUUGGUGUAUCAGAAGUGGCUGACCUGCACCUGAUCAGUUAUGAGGUGGAGAGAGACCUGAUUCCUCUGAUCUUGUCCAACUGCCAGUACAGCAUGGAGAAGGGAGGGGAGACAUUGCAGGAAUUUGAUCUGGAGAGGAUCCAGCAGCAAGUCAUCAGCAAGCUCCUGCAGGGGAAACCACUCAUCACCCCAAAGGGAAUUCCUACCCUGGUGUACAGACAUGACCGGAAUUGUGAACAGCUGUUCAAUGAUGUCAGGGAUAAGGUGGCUCAGAGUGCUCUGCCCAGUUCUGUGAUGAACAUGAUCAGUGGGGAACUACAGUCUUACAGCGAUGCCUGUGAUGCUCUGUCCGUCACUGAAAUCACCUUGGGGUUCCUGGCCAUGGCUGGAGAGAAUCCUGAGAUGCUGCUGGCUGACUACAUCCAAAAUGUUCUGCAGAUGGGUGACCAGACAAACCCUCACGUGCUGCAGGCCCUUAGACGAUGCCAGCUAAAGCACAGCAUAGCCCUCUGGCAACUUCUCUCCACCCACAAAUCUGAGCAGCUUCUGCGCCUCAGAAGGGAUCCUUUUGUAGACAUCGCUCCAGCCUACAAAGAGGAGCUCACUGCAGAGAUUGCCAAGCUCCUCAACACCUUCCUUGUCCACUCAAGGCUGGAAACCUUCCUGCAGGAGCUCCAUGAAAUGAUCAUCUUGAAGCUGAGACACGUCCGAGCUGGGCAAGAACACAAUCCCAAGUGGAGCCUGAAGGAAUCGUUCCUUCCUUACCUUGAUGAAAAACGCUCCGAAUUAGCUCCAGAGCUGGAAGAGAUGUUCCCAGACGAGAUUCUCCUCUCUCAUGCCACGGAGACCUGGAAAGCAGCAGCUCUCUUCAAAAGAGAGCGCAGGGAGAGCUAGCACCCCUGCCACCCCCCACCUCCUGCACAGUGUCACAAAGAGUGGGGGGCUGGAUGGGGUGGGGGAAGAUUCUAGAACCUCAGGGCCUUGGGUUUUGGGGGGU